CCACACACUCUCAUCCCUCUUCCCCCUUUUUCUCCUUCCACCUAUUUUGUGCCAUUCACAGGGUAUGAUAGUAAACGGUUUCACCCCCGGUUCCAUCACAUCCAUAGAGCGUCGCUUCAGGCUCUCCAGCCAGAGCACUGGUAUACUUGUCAGCGUCUUCGACUUCACCAAUAUCAUCUUUGUGCUCUUCACCGUGUACGUCGGUGGGCGUGGUCACAAGAUCCGAUGGGUGGGCGUGGGCUGCGUUCUGAUUGGUCUAUCCGGCAUUCUCUACGCCCUGCCCCACUUCACCAGCCCGCCUUACUCCUAUGUGGACGCGACCGGUGGGGGUAACAGCUCCUCCAGCGGGGCGUGUGAUCGCAAUGGAACCAGAGUGGGUGACACCUGUGAUUCGCCGGGCGGGGCUUCGACUUCGGGCCUGUCAAACUAUAUCUACUUGCUCUGCGCAGCACAAGUGGUAGCUGGGAUUGGUUCCCUGCCUUUGUAUACGUUAGGUCUCACAGCAAUGGACGAGUCCGUGUCGAACAAGUCAUAUGGACCUUAUUUUGGUACGUUUUUCGCAUGUGUCAUUCUUGGGCCUGGAUUUGGAUUAAUCUUAUCGGGUUCAUUUCUUAACAUCUUCACAGAGAUCAGCAUACCUGAAGGAGUGACGUUAUCAACGUCCGAUCCCGGCUGGGUAGGAGCUUGGUGGUUAGGAUUCCUGAUCGUUGGUAGCAUCAUCCUCCUCAUGAUCAUACCACUCAGUCUCUUCCCAAGAGAGUUUCCAACUACAGCUAAAAUCCGCGCAGAGAAAGCUAAUCAAGCUCACGCCAACUCGGGCACGGAGGAAACAACGAGAGCUGGAUUUGGAGAACGUCCAUCUGACCUAUGGAGGGCGCUUCGCUACCUGUUCACCAACCCUACUUUUGUAUUCACGUGUUUAGGGGGCGUGACCGAUGCGCUCCUUGUCAAUAGCUUCAACGCUUUCUUGCCAAAGGUCUUCGAGAAUCAGUUUUCUUUAUCGGCUGGUUUCUCGACCAUUCUAACAGGUAUACUGGCUAUCUUUGGCGGUGUUUUCGGUUCCCUGACCGCUGGGUUCGUUUUGAAGCGUCUCAAACUGGAUAUCCGAGGUUUGCUCAAGUUGAUUGCAGCUGCUAACUUCCUAACGGGAGUUAUAUUACUCAUCUUCCUCUGGCAUUGUCCUCAGCAACAACUAGCCGGUGUUACAGUGUCCUACGUCGACACGACAAAUCUAGGAACGGGCACAAACACAAACUUGACAUCAACUUGUAAUUCCAACUGCUCCUGCGCUGUCGAGCAGUUUCUGCCAGUGUGUGCAGGGGAUAAAAACUAUUUCACACCUUGCCAUGCAGGCUGCGAGACAGACCAUGGCAAUGGGACCUACUCAAACUGUGCAUGUCUGCAGCCAGGAUCGAUACAGACUGUCGAUUCGGGAUUGUGCCGGACGUCGUGCAGCUAUCAACCAUAUGUCUUCGCAGUGGUCGCUGCCCUGUACGUCUUCUUCACCUUCUUCGCCCGGAUUCCCGACCUCAAUGUCAUCCUCAGGUGUGUGCCCGAUUCUCAACGGUCAAUGGCUCUUGGAGUCGACUCAAUGUUGUCACGCGGACUUGGAGCAGUACCAGGUCCUAUCCUGCUCGGUGCCGUGAUAGACCAGGCCUGCCUCCUCUGGCAGGACGUCUGUGGCACACGGGGCUCUUGCUGGAUCUACGACAACGCCAACCUGGCCUGGAGGUUGACCGUCAUAGCCGUGUCUCUCAAAGCAGCGGCGUGCUGCAUGUAUCUCCUGGCCAUGUGUUUCUACAAGCCCACAGUGAAAGAGGACAGUGAGCUAAAUGAGGUGGCUGGCAAAGAAACCAGAGGUGCAACAUUUGAAUAGGAACCAUUUAUGGCACAAUAAAGCCACAAGGUGAACAAAAACCACGUGCAGACUCAUCCGUACCUCAAAAUGGUCAGGAGAUACCCACGGUGGCUACCGGUAUAUAUUAUGAGGUCAUGCAAGUCCUUGCAACCACUCAACAAUAUACUUACUGCCACAACACUAUAGCGUCCUUUGGGAAGACGUUAAUCUACAUUUGCCACACUCCACCCAGGUGAGGUAAAUGGUUACCAAGAGCACUUUGACCUUUUCAUGAAAUUGAUUCAAAAUGGUUUCAUACUACUUACAUAAUUAUGGAAGCUUCUGAACGCAGGCUCAAGCCUUUAUAUUCAGUUCCCAAUUCUGUCAUCGUUUUGAGUUGGCCGGGUCAUGAUAUCAUGGGCCAGAUUUGCCAAAAGAAAUAACAAAAAGGGGAGAAGAAAAAAAAGUUUAGAAAAA